ACAAUAGCAGUCGAAAUGGCCGGAAAUGAAAAGGAGUUCUGCAAUAUUUCCAGCAUUUUGUUCACUGACAAGGAUUGCCAACCUUUGGUAUUCUGUAUUCGUCCAUCUGCAACAAGAGCCAGGUUGAAAAUACUUAUUGAAAGUGGUGGAGGGAAAGUUACAAGUCGACUUGAUCCAUCAGAUACUAAUGUUAUCAAGAUAUUAGCAGAUGGAGAUAAGCAUUCGUCCCCAGAGUAUCUCAUACCUUCAUUUGUUGAUGACUGUGUAGCUGCAAACACUCUUUUAGAUAAAUAUAGUUACAGAGUACCAUCCCCAACAGAGGAUCAGUCAACAGUUGUAUCAGAUGUGACAGCUAAAGGAAGAUCAUACUACUCUCCAGCUGAAGAUGAAGCUAUCCUUCAGUAUAUCGCUAAACAUCCUUUUCAAUAUUCAGGAAACAAAAUAUGGAAAAGAAUGGAACUCAUGAAGAUAACAAAUCAUUCUUGGCAAUCCAUGCGUGACCAUUUCUUAAAGAAGCUUGAAGGUAGACUUCGAAAAUAUACAAAGAAACGUGAAGAAAAUCUAAAGAAAUAUGUGCAUUCAGAUACUAAAGUCAAUGAUGAGGAUCAGACUGAAAGCAAUGAUGAGGAUAUAAUGGAAGAAGAAACAACACCAAACAGUGCUCCAAUGCUAGCUGGACAGAAUAGCAGAGGGAACAGUGAUCCAGAGUUUGCUAAUGGAAAUAUGGAAGAAAAUGAACAUAGUGAUGCAUCAUCAUUUGAUAUGGAUCUAUUUCAAGCAGCUAAUGAAGACCUAGAAAGAAAGUCAUUUGAUGAGAACCAGAGAGUGCAAGAAGGCCCACCUGUUUCACAGGAUCACAUAGUACGGCGAUCUGCAAGACAUUCUAAGAAACAGACACAAGAUUCAGCUCAGACAAUAAUAACAAGAAGUAAACGUGCUGAAAUGCAGGAGAAAGAAGUGCAAAGUGACAAAAAAAUUGAUACAAGGAGAAAAAUAGGGAGAAAUAGCAAAUUAAAAAAGCCUGAGGCUAAUAUUGAUGAUAGUAUACAGACAGAUGAAAUCACUGAUGCCAACCAGAUAGAUGUAGUGGAUGAUGGCCUCCAGAUAGGCCAGGUAGAUGAUGGCAACCAGAAAGAUGAAGUGGAUGAGGGCAACGAGAUAGAUGGAAUGGACGAUAGCAACCAGAUAGAUGGAGUGGAUAAUUGCAACGAGAUAGAAGGAGUGGUUGAUGGCAACAAGAUAGAUGGAGUGGAUGAUGGCAACCAGAUAGAAGGAGUAGAUGAUAGCAACGAGAUGGAAGGAGUGGAUGAUGGCAAUGAGAUAGAUGGAGUGGAUGAUGGCAACCAGAUAGAUGGAGUGGAUAAUGGCAACCAGAUAAAUGAAGACAACCAGUUAGAUGGACACGAUGAAAGCAUGCAGAGAGAUGAAGUUGAGGAUGAUGUCUUCCAGAUUGGUAGAAAUGAUGGAGAUGAGGAGACCACAGUCCAACAAAGAAAUACUAUGAUCACAUCAAUGGAGAUAAUUGAUGGAAUUGGCAAUGAUUAUGUACAACCAGAGGAAUUGGAUGUAAACAAGUCCAUUAGAUCGAGAAAAAGAAAUUUGUCUUCUCCACCAGAGCCAACUGUAGUUCAUCUGUUAUCAACCAAGAAGAAAAAAACUCCUGUGAAGACACCACUUAAAUUGGAUACCAAUGAUUUAAAUGAGCCCCAUGUAGAAGAAUCAAGAACAUUUUCAUGGUCUUUCCGUAGCAAAGACAUCAACUCGGAUUGUAUGCAGUCAAGACAUCAUCUUGUCCCCUAUUUCUUGCAGAUGUUAAAAUUAUAUCUCUUUUGUCACUGUAUACUAUUCGUGGUUUUUGAAAAAGUAUGGUGGAAAUAGAAACGUCUUACCAAAAUGCAGACUUUAUGAAAUAAGAUAGCAAUAUACAAGAUUGGUUACAUGAAAAGGAAGCACUGUUUUUUUUUCUUGUUAAGGAUGUUCCACAGAUAUGUUUUUGUCCAUCUUUUAUGUUCAUGGACAUCACAAUGAAUGAACAGCUUUUCAUGUAGGUGUCAGCUGAGUUUUUCUGUGAUCUGCACUCUAACUGUAAACUUGAUAUCUAUAUUGGUAGCUGAAAAUAAUCCAUGGACCCAUGGACUUUUUAAAUGCCUCUACAACUUCCCUAUAUUAAACUAUGUCGUUGUGCAAAGUAUAAUGAAUAUGACCUCAAGUUUGAAUAAAUAGAAGAGUGGUUAAGAAUAAUGAAGAUAUAAACCCUAACCCUAAAAUGGCUUGGAGGAAUCAAUCCCCCCUUGACAUUUGUGUGAACAUUCUACCACACACAAUGUGUUUCAACCAUGUUGCUCACAAACUUUGAGUACUUUAUAAAGGGUUCUGCAA